AUGAUUACAGAUCCGGAAGAAUGUGGCACUAGCUCCAAUAUGACCGGAAAAAUUCAAUUUAAAAUAAUGGGCGGAGAAAAUGCCUCACCAGGAGAGAUGUCAUGGGCUGUAGCAUUAUUUCAUGGUCGAGUAUAUUUGUGUACGGGAACAUUGAUAUCACGAAAGCACGUUAUCACAGCUGCGCAUUGUUUUAAAAAGCUUUUCAUUACGAAGCCAUGCAACAUAUCUUUUGGUUAUCACCAAGAAGAAGCUCUUAAAAAGUAUAGUAUUUUAUAUGGCAGUAACUGUAUACAACAAAGGGAUGAAAAUUUUUGUAACGAUGCGCCAGAAAUGAAAACGAGAAAAAUCAUUAGAGCGCAAUAUGGACGAUUUUUUAAUGAGGAAUGCCGAAUGGCAGAUUUUGCACUACUAGAAUUGGAUGAAAUAAUUGAAGAACCGCUAACUAAUUAUAUUUGCCUGUGGCAUCGAAAUAUUGUCAGAGAAGUCGAUCAAAUAAGAUUAACUGGUUAUGGUUGGGGUUCAAUUCUAACAUAUGAUGAAGAAAAACCAGCAAACAAUUUACAAUUAGUCAAUUUUCCAAAAACAAUGAAUCGACUGAGAUGUUUGCAAAUAUCAAAAACAAAAGAUGCGAUAUGUGCAGUGGAAAGUAGCGAAGCAAGUACAUGUCAGGGUGAUAGUGGAGGAGGUUUAGCUGUGCUCGGAUCAACCGGUCAGUGGUCACUACUUGGUGUGCUCUCCCAUGGAACGGAUUGCAAGCAAUUACGACGAGGUGAACCACCGCGAGCUCUAGUAUAUACUGAUAUUUCUCUUUAUGCUAUGGAUAUUGAUGUAUUUACCGGUUAUGAUAGCGUCCUCCGACGUUUAUACCUUAAAAACUUCGCUAUUCAAAGAAUGACUAAUAUUCUUAACAACCUCAUGACUAAUAUUCUUAACAACCUCAUGACAUAUUGCCAUUCGAACGGUGGAAGCGAAUUUUUGCACAAAGUCCGUGUCAAAGCUAUUGUGUGA